CAGGAAACACGUUAAUGGACGUGAGAAGUCCCUCCUUUGCUUCAGUUUGACCAGUGUUGGUGGUGACCAGACGUUCGACGGCCGCUUGACACAAACACCAUCCCCCGUCAGACCGCUGGCUCGCUGCGGUCCCGUCCAUCCAUGGCCAAUUCAACUGGCGUUACACUGGGUCAGACGACAGUGAGCGGAAAAGGUGACGGUGCAGCAAGCGGCCCCAGCCCAGACUAUACCGCCUUUGUACUGGUGCCGGUCUUCUUUCUUCUGGGCCUGCUGGGGGUGGUGAUCUGCCACGUGUUGAAGAGGAAGGGCUACCGAUGCACCACCGCCCAGGACGACGAGGAGGAGUGCGUGGAAGAAGAAGAAGACAAGGAUCUCGAGCUGGGAGGAGAGCUGAACGACACCGUCAGCGACAACAAUGACACAGUUGGACAGAUUGUCAGAUACAUCAUGAAGAAUGAAGCAAACUCAGACGCCCUCAAAGCCAUGAUUCAUGAAAACAGCAUUGACUCAGACGGUCCUCCACUCACCCCCACCUCCCCCGGCACCCCAACCCCCCCGAUGACUCCCGUAUCACCGGGGGCACCUCCGGGAGCCGCCAAGCACACCUGCAACCACCUGCACACCAUCGGGGGUCCUGGCGGCCAGAAGAACAUCUGCACCCGCUGCAGCCAGAAGAAAUGGCCGUUAAUGAGGAAGCCAUCGGCCCGGAAGGCAGAGAACCGGCGCAGUCACCACGGAGAGGUCACGGUGCUGGCUGUGGGCAGGUUUCGGGUAACAAAGUGUGAAAAAGCAGCGAGGGAUCGGAGGACUCUGCUAAUAACAGACUCCAACGGGAGCGUCCCUUCAACGCCCACGGAGUUGGAGCCCAAGAGCCGAACGACGUCCGAGUCCCAACAGGAGCAGACAGACAACUUGGACAACGAGAAAUGAGAGAACUCCAGGUUUCCGAAGAGAGAAAAGAAGCAACACCUGGACACUUUUUAAAACCCAAAACGAGAACAAUAAACGCAGCAGGAAUAUAUAGAUCCAGGAAUCGUUGCUUCACACACAGAGCGAAACGUGCGGUGAUUCGGACGCAACGGUGGUUAUUAUACAAGCAGAAAAGGGGGUAAGGUGUGUUGAAAUACACUCCUCCCCUGUAACGGAUUUACAGCAGUGCCUUGCUCGGUGGCGCCCUCUUGAUGCCACGAUGGGAGCUUCAACCAGGGCUUUCCAUAAAGGUCUUAUUACUCAACAUGUAGAUGCGGUCAGUGAUGUAUGUACAUAUGUUUUUAUAUGUGGAGGUAUGAAAGGCACGUCAUCGUUCGGUUAAUUUAUAAAAACUACACCUAAGGAACAGGUACAGCCGGUCUAUGAUGAAGUCGGGGGUUGUCAUUUCAUACAGGAAGGAGGAAGUUCCCGAUAUAGCGCUCGCACCGCCAGGAAGUAGACCGGAACAUUAGCAGAUGUGACAAAAGCUAUCAUGUCCUGUAACGGCGUGAUCGUGAUGUGAAAGUGUGCCUCGUGUUGUCGGGAUGAUUCAUCGUCCUCCAAGUGCAUGUUUUCUGCUUUUUUAUUUUUUCAUGUUUCUUAGUGUUCUUUCAGUCUGUCCUCUAAUAAAGAACUCGCAGCGUUCUGGGUCGAACAACAAAUCAGCGCUAAAAUUCAGACGCAGGCUGCUCUUGGAAUGUUUUCUAUUAAAGUGACAAUACAUGUUUUAGUUGGCUUUUUUUUGUUUUUUUUUUGUCAAAGUGGGAACAGCACGACAAGCUCUAAACACGAUAUCGACGUAUUAUUGUGAGCAGAAAAUGUUCUUUUUACGCAUUCAGCAGAAAAGGCUCAACAAUAGCUUUCAUUUGCCGCCAUGUCUUUGACUAUCUGAUCAACCGAGGCCAGUAUUCGCGCUCCUUUUAGCUCCGUUUUGGUCUCCACCAACUCCUGAGGCUAGGGCUAGCUCUUUACCUAAGAUUUUCACUGUUUUUCAUCAUUCUGUUGUCGAAAAAAGCUGCCUGUUGUGUCCAAUAUUACACCAUGAGAGUGAAAAGAGUGAACCAAAAAUGAAAACAUUAAAAUUGCGGGCGCUAACAGUUAGCUGAAAGAUGCUAAAAUGUACCGAAGAGAUGAGGAGAAAUGGCAAAUUAGAAAGUCACGUGACACAUUAUCGGUAUGCAAAUAUUGAUUCGUUUAGCUUUAAUUUGUGCUGUUGGCUGGAAUUAUAGAUCUUUGUACUAAAAAUGCAAUUUAUAGAAGCAUUUUAAUGUAUUCUAUUAGAUGUAGGGCAUCUAAAAGACAUUUAGAAAAGGAAAACAACAUCCUCUUCUUUUUUUACUUGUAGAUUUUACACGAGGCUCGUUGCAGUACGUGAACGUUCGUCUGCUGAAGCCACAUGAAGCUACCGCCUAUUUUAAUUAAUGACAGAUUUAUCGUAUUUUUAGCGCGAGCUGCCUUUCUAUUCAUCAUCAUUGUGCAGCAUUGUCAGGAGCAGAUACUGUACAAAUGAUUUAAUCCAUUAUGGAUUUAUGUUAUCUAUCAGCUGGUCCACGAGGACAUAAGCCUUAUUAUGUUUCUAAUGAGUCGUGCCUUUGUGGGCAGAUGGGAGGCACGACUAACUACAAAGUGUUUACAGUGGAAAGAAUCAUUCACUGCUGCAUGCACGGCACUGAGUGGUUCGGAUACGGAUCUAUAUGUUACCUCCAGAAAUAUGUGUGUGGCAAGUGCUCACGUUACUUGGAUUCUUGUAUUUCUACCAUUUAAGGGAGGCUAAAUUCCACUAUUUUUGUGGCCAUUUUGUUGCUAAGAUUCCAGUAAAUGGGCCAAAAGCUGGUCUUCAGUUUGACAUGAACCAUCGAUUAAAGCUUUAUUUCUCUGACCAAAAUUAAAAACUUAAUAGAUGCA